UCACUUCCUGGUGUGAAAUGAUGUCAACACGGUGUGCGGUCAUCUUGUUUCUUUUGUUUGCUCCUGGAGACAGGCAUGUUACUGCAUCUGUUGAGUUUCCAACGUUGGACCACCUACACACCAAGGUACCACCAGACAUCCAGGAGGCUGCUGUGAAGGCGCUAGCUACAAGGGCACUGGGUGAUAAUGCCAAAUUCUUUCAGUUCAAAGUAGAUUCUGAGUUAGGAGUCCCAAAUAGGGACUCUUUUAAGCUGCAAACAGUGCAGAAUGUCAUCCAUGUCACUGGUACAACAGGAGUUGCUGCUGCCUGGGGUUUACAGUAUUAUCUCAAACACUACCAGGGCUUUCACUUCUCCUGGGGUGGAGACCAGAAAACCUGGAGAGGAUUUAGACCAGUUCCUGAUCCUGGUAUAAAAAUAACAUCCAAUGAUAGGUUCCGCUACUAUCAGAAUGUGUGUACAUCAAGCUACUCCUUUGUGUGGUGGAACUGGACAAGGUGGGAGCGGGAGAUUGACUGGAUGGCCCUGAAUGGAAUAAACCUACCCCUGGCUUUCACUGGACAGGAGGCAAUAUGGCAGAAGGUUUAUCUCAAACUGGGUCUCUCACAAAAGGAUUUGGAUGAGCACUUUGCUGGUCCUGCUUUUCUUGCUUGGGGCAGAAUGGGGAAUAUGCGUGGGUUUGGUGGACCCAUACCACAAACCUGGUUAGACAACCAGCUAAAGCUACAACAUCAGAUACUGAGACGAAUGAGAGAAUUGGGUAUGCUGCCUGUACUGCCAGGAUUUGCAGGACAUAUCCCAGAAGGAUUUACAAGAGUGUAUCCUAAUGUCAACUGUACGAGGCUGGGUGGAUGGGCAGGUUUUGCAGAUCCCAAAUACUGCUGCACGUAUCUCCUUGACCCUAAUGAUCCCAUGUUUGUCAAAGUUGGGCAAGCAUUUAUUGAAGAGAUGAGUAAAGAAUUUAAUGGAACCAACCACAUCUACAAUGCUGACACUUUUAAUGAAAUGACUCCAUCAUCAGGGGCCCUGUCAUAUAUAUCUGGUGCUGGAAAAGCUGUGUUUAAAGGAAUGGAAUCAGGUGAUCCUCAAGCAAUAUGGCUUAUGCAGGCUUGGCUGUUCUUGAGUUCAUUUUGGAAUGCUGACAGGGCUAAGGCUUUGCUGACGUCAGUGCCACAGGGCAGAAUGAUUGUUCUUGACUUGAAUGCAGAGCGCCAGCCUUUGUAUGAACAGUUAGACUCAUUUGCAGGGCAGCCAUUUAUAUGGUGCAUGCUCCAUAACUUUGGUGGUGUUUUAGGGCUUCAGGGGCAGACAGAGUCUGUCAACAAGGGACCAUUCAAAGCCAGGGCAUACCCUAAUAGUUCAAUGAUAGGGAUUGGCUUGACUCCAGAGGGCAUCAAUCAGAAUGAUGUCAUCUAUGAAUUUAUGAAUGAAAACAUAGCCAGAGAGAAACCAGUCAACACCAUCACAUGGUUUAUGAACUAUGCUGACAGGAGAUAUGGUAUAAGCAGCCUUAAUGUUCAGACUGGCUGGAUAUAUCUUAUGCAUAGUAUAUACAACUGCACAGAUAGACAUGAUGACUUUUCAAACAACAAUAUUCCCACACAGAGACCAAGGCUGAGUCCACCUAUAAAACCUGAUGUAUGGUAUGAUCCCAAAGUUGUGAUUGCAGCAUGGAAAUAUUUUGUAUCUGACAGUUCAAAACUAAAGAGUAGUGAUUUAUUCAGAUAUGAUUUGGUAGAUGUGACAAGACAAGUAUUACAGCUGCUGGGACUGCAGUACUAUACCAUCAUGAUUACUGCUUAUAAAAGCAAAAAUGCAACUUUAUUUAAUACAACUAGUGGGAUGUUCAUAGAGUUGCUGACAGACAUGGACACCUUACUGUCCAGUGAUCAGCACUUCUUAUUGGGUGCCUGGAUAGCUGAUGCUCACAACAUGGCCGAGUCUGAGGCUGAGAGGAAAUUAUACGAAUACAAUGCCAGGAAUCAAGUUACACUGUGGGGUCCUAAUGGGGAGAUCCUAGACUAUGCUGCCAAGCAAUGGGGAGGACUGGUUGGGAAAUAUUACCUACCACGCUGGCUAUUGUUUAUCAAUCAGCUGAAGGAAGCAUUGUCAAAGGGGCAAAAGUUUAACCAAACUGCAUUCAACAAGAAUGUUUUCUCUCAGGUUGAGCAACCAUUUACAUUUGACACCACCCCCUUCCCUGUUCAGCCUCAGGGUGAUUCUGUUCAGGUAGUGAGAACCAUCUUUAAGAAAUAUUUUCCAAGCACAAGGUCAAAGUUUUUUAAGAAGUUGAAACAAUUUACUCCGCAUGGAAAGAAAUAUAUGAAGUAUGCUACACGAUGGCUGAAGAAAAAUCCUAGAGUGAUUAAUAAAUUGGUGGAAAAGUGGCAAAGAAUGAACACCAGACUGUAAAAUUGUUUUGUCAGAAUGAAGCUUUCUGAUACAUCCAUACCCUGUUAUCUGGGAACUCAAAGUGCAGCAGAGAUUUCUGGACAGACAGAUUUAGUGCAUUAUAGUUUUUGGUUUAAAGUCUGAUAUGCAUGUUAUGCAAUGGAAGUGCCAAAAUUUUAGAGGAAGAGAAAGUAACAUAAAGGCAAUAAUGUCAUUUACAAUUAUGCAAUCCAUCACAAAUUAUGAAAUGUAUUUUUUGGAAUCUAAAUAGUAAUUAUCUUUAUAUUAGAGUCAAUUUUUAAAGACUCAAAAGUAAGUGCUAGUGUAAAAAUUUAAUUUCAUUUGAUCUGGUAGUUUUGCUGAAUUAUAUUCUUACUGCUUGAUGAUUACAUUGUAGUGUUUUCAACACUGCUUCUUUGCAGCCUUGCAAAAGGAUAUGAGCUGACCAAGUAUAGGCAUAAUAUGCAUGCAUAAUGAACUUUUUUUAUUAUACUCAAAUUGUUAUAUAUUGUUACAGUAUAUGUAUCCAGUAUGUAUUAAUGACUCAAGAAAAUGACAACUUACAUUUUCAUUCAGGUGCCUCAUAUACAGUUUCAGUUGCAGCACAUGCAUAAAUGACCAAGAUUAACCUAUCAUGUGAGUUGCAACAUGCUUCCAAAUAUCACAAAUGAUAUCAUUGUGUCAUAACAUUUCCAAUAACAGGAGGUAAUAAUAAAGAUGCAACAUACUCCUGAGCAAAUUUGGGGUCCUACUUUUGAAUCUCUGCUUAUACAUAUACGCCAAAAUCAUCUUAUUUCUCAUGAGUGCAAUUCUGGGACAUUAGGGUUUUGCAGCUAUGAUAAUAUGAUCAGAUUUGUCCAAAUACACCCCUUGUAAAAGUACAUAAAUGAUAUGAUGAAAGGCAGUGUACUGACCUACCAUUUCUUUAUUGUGAUGGAGGGAUUAGCAUGAUUCACCUAAGGCUCUGACUGGCUACUGUCAUUUAUGACCAAUGUUUGAGAGUUAAUAUUUGCUUUUAGAGGAUGGGCAGCUGAGGUAAAUACAAUGAUGUCCAUCGUGUUAUCUGGAAAAUGUGGAGGUC